AUGGCUUUGGCUAGAGCGUUCACCAAGCGCAGCAAGCGCCCCGAGGUCUCGGCCCCGAUGCCAUACCGGGAACCACAUAAGCACGCUGGUCCGAUCAAUCGAGACAAGAUCUCGGCUCCCGUGGAGUUGUUGUCGACGACAAACAUGCUGGCUUACAAUGCGCCCGACAUCCACUCGGCAACUUCGUCUUCUACCUCGUCAUUGCAGUCGCCCGACGAUUCGGAAAUGUCUUUCACACAACGCAGUUUUGGGUCGCCUCUGACUACACCCGAUGAGUCUCCCAUCGAGCCAAACCCAUUGCCUUCCUAUUUCCCGAAGCGAUCUGCCACCAUCACGAGCCACCCUCGCUCCUCGACAUCGACCAAUUCCUCUACGGAUGCGCCACUGGUUCCCAAACGGGCGCUCUCCCACACGAAGCGGACCCACCAAGAGCUUGCUCGCCAGCGUUCCUUGUCUCGGCUAUCUCCACCCCCGUUGAACUCGUUGCGCAAUGCAUCUGCUGCACGUCAGACACAGGAUAGCUACAAGGCCGAGCCCCAUCCCUUCAGCAAGGAACUCGAGCAAGUGAACGAGGUGGUUGAGGAGUUCGGUGGCACCCGUAUACUCGACGAUGAGGAGUUGAUUCUACGAGAUAAGGGAUUAAUGAAGUUUACCGCAGAUGACUAUCUCGUGGAGAUCGAGGCCCUUUAUGGCAGCGUGUUUGAUGAUUAUCUUGGUCCGAUAGGUACGGGGGCAUGGCUUUGA